AUGGCCGCUACCAGCAAGCCACGCCAGCCCCGACUGCGUGCGUCUUGCGAUGGGUGCUUCCUCGCAAAAGUCAAAUGCUCCAAGGCACGGCCAAUAUGCUCUAGGUGCCUCACCUGCGGUAUAGAUUGUCGUUACUCGCCAUCUACUAGAGCAGGAAAGCCCAAGGCCUCGAAUGCAGCAAAGAAUCAGCGUCACCAGCCCCCCAAUCUGAGCGGACCCUCACCGAUCAUGAAUGAGGGCAUGGUGUACACGGCCGAUACGGGUAUAGCUAGUACCUAUCCAGUCGAGCCAGGCUGGACCACACCGCCCAGCAGUAUUGACGGAACUUUGGGCAGAAGCGAGUCGAUAUCCUCAGGGAUGACCUUCAUUGGCGUCGACAACAAUCCAUCAACGACCUUCGUGGACUCCGGAAUUUCUGGAGGUAUUUACAAUUCGACGCUGUCAUGGACCCCGCCGAACGACACCCCUCCUGACUUCACCGAAUCAUCAUCAACGAGCACAGUACCAGCUGCCCACAGUCGGUCUCAGUCCUACCAUAUGAACAACAGCGUCAUGGGCUGGAACGACACAAGUAGCCCGGAUAUGUUAUCCUUCAACCAAGUGUCGACACCCCCUAGUAUAAACUAUACUUGCUUUCCCAGUCCAACAUCAACCCCAAAUAUCAGGUCCCUCCCAGCAAGGCCCGAAUCGACUUCGACCAACUCGACUGUCGGGUCCUGCACGUGCUUCACAGUCUGCUUGCAGUCUCUACAGGCCCUCCACAACGCUUCAUCUCCCACGCCUCCUCAGUUUGACCUGGUUCUGUCGCUAAAUCGAAAAGCAGUCGAGGGUUGUGCAGCCAUGCUAGCUUGUACAAGAUGCAUGAGUCGUUCUGGUACACAUACUGCAGCCAUGCUGCUGGCAACACUCCUCGGCACCAUCACAGUCUUUUACAAGGAGGCAUCUCUCACGCACUUCGACCAAGGAACCUCAGCAGACAUAGUUGGCGCUGUCACCCCAGCAGCCUCAGAUCCAACGACUAUAACCAGGGCUGGUAGCAUGCCAGGCCUAGGAGUGACUCUUGGUACCUACACUGUCAAUGUCGAAGACAGCAGAUGGCUGGAGCUCGAGAUAUUGGCGCGUGAGCUCAGGAAGCUGGAGGAGGUCUACGCGAGCUUCCGAGAGGUGUGCUCUGAUCUCUCUGAAGACCCAGAGGUCAGCAAGGCCAUGAUUGGUUAUCUUGGCCAGAGCCUUGGAUCUACCAUGCAGGUGGUCACGCAUCGGAAAGGAGAUGUGGGAUGUUUCUGA